CCUGUACAGUAAGGACCCAAUAUGGCAGCGGCGGUAGCAGUGGUAACGGCAGCAGGAGGACCGGCCGCCCCAUAGACCGCCCCCCGCGCACCACCCCCGCCGCUUCCUCUGCUUGGGUGCUCCUCCGGCCUGACUUCCCCUUUCUCCCAUCUUUCCCGGCACCGCGGGAAAAACAGCGCAGGGCAGAGCAAGCAGGGAGGGCGGCCGCAGCCCGGACACGGGAGCCUCCCAGUCAGUUCAAGACCCGACAUGAGGGAAAAGGGCCGUAGGAAGAAGGGCAGGACCUGGGCGGAGGCCGCCAAGACGGUCUUAGAAAAAUAUCCCAAUACACCCAUGAGUCAUAAAGAAAUUCUUCAAGUUAUCCAGAGAGAAGGACUAAAAGAAAUCAGUGGAACUUCCCCUCUUGCAUGCCUGAAUGCAAUGCUGCACACAAACUCCCGAGGUGAAGAGGGCAUCUUCUAUAAGGUUCCAGGUAGAAUGGGAGUGUAUACUUUGAAGAAAGACGUGCCGGAUGGGGUGAAAGAGCUAUCAGAAGGUUCAGAAGAAAGCAGUGAUGGUCAGUCAGAUUCCCAGAGUUCUGAGAACAGCAGCAGCAGCAGUGAUGGUGGCAGCAACAAGGAGGGAAAAAAGAGCAGGUGGAAAAGGAAAGUAUCGUCUAGACUGUCACAACCUUCCUCUCCUCAGUCAGGCUGCCCAUCACCCACCAUUCCAGCAGGUAAAGUCAUUUCUCCGUCACAGAAGCACAGCAAGAAGGCACUAAAGCAGGCUCUAAAACAGCAACAGCAGAAGAAACAGCAGCAGCAGCAAUGCAGGCCAAGCAUGUCCAUCUCCUCCAACCAGCACCUCUCUCUGAAGACUGUCAAAGCAGCCAGUGACUCUGUAGCUGCCAAACCUGCAAUAUGGGAAGGAAAGCAAUCUGACGGACAGUCAAGCAGCCCUCAGAACUCAAACUCUAGCUUUUCUUCUUCAGUUAAAGUGGAAAAUCCUUUGCUAAGCCUGGGAAAGAAGUCAUUCCAGAGGUCUGACAGGCUUCACACAAGGCAAAUGAAGAGGACUAAAUGUGCUGAAAUUGAUGUUGAGACACCAGACUCCAUUCUGGUUAAUACAAACCUACGAGCCCUAAUCAACAAACACACCUUUUCAGUCCUUCCUGGAGAUUGCCAACAGCGACUGCUUCUACUACUUCCAGAGGUGGAUCGACAGGUUGGUCCAGAUGGUCUGAUGAAGUUAAAUGGCUCAGCCCUUAAUAAUGAGUUCUUCACUUCAGCAGCCCAAGGCUGGAAGGAAAGACUUUCAGAAGGUGAGUUUACACCUGAGAUGCAGGUGAGAAUUCGACAAGAGAUUGAGAAGGAGAAAAAAGUAGAGCCUUGGAAAGAACAAUUCUUUGAAAGCUACUAUGGUCAGAGUUCUGGCCUGAGCCUUGAAGAUUCAAAGAAAUUGACAGCUUCACCCAACGAUCCCAAAGUAAAGAAAACCCCAGCUGAGCAACCAAAAUCCAUGCUUCCUUCAGAGGCCUCUCCUGUCAGUAUAGUCCCAGUAAUUCCCCAGUUAGUGUCUAAAGAAGAAGUACUGCAACUGCCAUCAGCAGUCAGAAAAGAAGAGCAUGAAAGCCAAGAUAAGAUGCAGCCGAACUCCAAAUCCCCAGAGCCCCUACUUUCCUCAGCUACCAAUACAAAUGAGCUUAGCAGCGUUCCUCCCAUCAAGUGCCCAAAGGAUGAGGCUCUCUUGGAGCAAAAGCCAGUUGCCUCUGCUGAACAGGAGUCUGAGAAAGAGAAUCAUCUCACUACAACUUCAAAUUAUAACAAAAAUGAAAGCCAAGAAGCUUUAGUUACAUCCCUGAGCAAACCCAAGAGCCCUGGGGUAGAAACAACAGUAGUGAAGCCCAUAGUAGAAGCAGGUCUACAGGAGACCACUAUGAAAGAGCCUCCAUCAACUCUGGCUGAUCACAGCCCAGAAAGCCUCAAGAGGAAAUCUUCUGUCACCCAAGAAGAGGCCCCUACAAGCUGGGAGAAAAGACCACGUGUCACUGAGAAUCGCCAGCACCAGCAGCCAUUUCAAGUCUCCCCACAGCCCUUUCUCAGUAGAGGGGACAGGUUCCAGGUGCGGAAAGUACCACCUCUCAAGAUCCCGGUCUCCAGAAUCUCCCCCAUGCCGUUUCCUACAUCGCAGGUCUCUCCCAGGGCUCGUUUUCCAAUCUCCAUCACUAGUCCUAACAGAACAGGAGCCAGAACUCUCGCAGACAUCAAAGCAAAAGCCCAGCUGGUCAAAGCACAGAGGGCAGCAGCUGCUGCUGCAGCCGCAGCUGCUGCAGCCGCCUCAGUUGGAGGGACCAUUCCAGGACCUGGCCCAGGGGGUGGACAAGGUCCAGGAGAGGGGGCUGAAAGGAGAACUGCUAGAGGAGGGAGUCCAGACUCAAACAGAGUCAGUGAAACUGGAAAGGGCCCCACACUGGAACUGGCAGGAACUGGAAGCAGGGGAGGUACGAGAGAGCUUUUACCCUGUGGUCCAGAGACUCAGCCCCAAUCUGAGACCAAGACCCCAGGCCAGGCACAGUCUCACAGUGUCUCUGGAGCACAACUACAGCAAACCUCCUCAGUGCCUCCACCGUCUGCCAUCAGUGGAGCGUGCUCAAGUGUCCCGUCACCAGCCCACGCUAACACACCCCCACCAGCUUUAGGGAAAGUAAGUAAUGAAAAACUGAAUCCCACCAGGGCGGCAGCCACGGUGGCCUCUCUUAGCCACCCACAGGGGCCCAGCAAUGGUAGGCAGGAGAAAGCACCUCCUACUCCAGCAGAUCCUGCUCUAAUCGCAGGUGCCUCACCUGUUCAUUUUGCAGUCAAUGGCACAGUUGAGCCCAAAGCAGGUUCUAGUAAGAACACACCAAACCCUCCAGCCUCGGCAGAGAUAAGUGCUAGUGCUUCAGUGGAUAUGACUCCCUCCCCGUUAACAUCUUUAUUAACAACAGCCUCUUUAGAGAAGCUUCCUGUACCCCAGGUCGUUGUAACCAUAGCACCUACUGGAUCAGCUCCAUCCUCGAGCACUUUGCCAGCAGCUUCUAGCCUUAAGACCCUGGGAGCUUCUUCAAGUAUGAAUGGACCCAUUUCGAGGCCAAGCUCUAACAUCCCUGCUAAUAAUCCUUUGGUAACUCAGCUGCUGCAAGGCAAAGAUGUUCCCCUGGAGCAAAUUCUGCCUAAACCUCUCACCAAAGUUGAAAUGAAAACUGUUCCACUAACUACAAAAGAGGAAAAGGGGAUGAUGAUAGGAGCACUCGCAGGUACCAGCGUAACAGAAAAUAGUACCAGAGAGGAAGUUAAUGAGAGACAGUCCCAUCCAGCUACACAGCAACUGGGUAAAAGUUUGCAAAGUAAGCAGCUCCCCCAGGUUCCAAGACCCCUUCAGCUCUUUUCAGGUAAGGAUCUAAGGGACGCUAGCAUUGACACACACCAAUACCAAGAAGGACUAAGUAAAGCAACCCAAGAUCAGAUUCUUCAGACACUCAUCCAAAGGGUUCGGAGGCAGAAUGUUCUCUCGUUUGUGCAGCCCUCCCAGUUCAACUUCACUCACUCAGGUUUCCAGUUAGAGGACAUCUCCACAAGCCAGAGGUUUAUGCUGGGUUUUGCUGGCAGAAGGACAUCCAAGCCUGCAAUGGCAGGUCACUACUUACUUAACAUUUCCACCUAUGGCCGGGGUUCAGAGAGCCUUAGGAGGACCCAUUCUGUAAACCCCGAAGACCGAUUUUGUCUAAGUAGCCCCACUGAGGCCUUGAAAAUGGGAUAUACAGAUUGUAAAAAUGCUGCAGGAGAUAGUAGCAGCGGUAAAGAAGAUGAUACUGAUGAGGAAAGUACUGGUGAUGAGCAAGAAUCUGUCAUGGUGAAGGAGGAGCCGCAGGCUUCCCAGAGUUCUGGCAAGUGUGAAGCAAGUUCAGGACCCCACAGUAGAGAAACCCUAUCCACCAGUGACUGUUCAGCUAAAAAGAAUGUGAAGGCAGAGACACCAGUGCCUGAGCAAACCACUUUAAGCAAGGAAAAUUACCUGUUCACUAGAAGCCAAACGUUUGAUGAGAAGACCCUAGCCAGAGAUUUUAUUCAGGCAGCACAGAAGCAGAUGGCUCACGCAGUGAGAGGUAAGACCGUGCGGAGCAGCCCCGAGCUUUUCAAUUCUACUGCUCUUCCUCUACCUGCAGACAGUCCUACCCAUCAGUCUCUACUCCUUCCACCACUGCAAACCCCAAAGCUGUAUGGAGGCCCCACACAGAUUGGGCCAAGCUACAGAGGCAUGAUCAACGUCUCCACCUCAUCGGACAUGGACCAUAGCGCUGCUGUAGCGGGGAUGCCUGACUGUAGCCAGGUAUCUAGCAAUGUCGGCGAUGUCAUGUCCUUCUCAGUGACUGUCACGACCAUCCCUGCUAGCCAAGCUAUGAAUCCCAGCAACCACGGCCAGACCAUUCCUGUUCAGGCCUUUCCUGAAGAGAACAGCAUAGAGGACACACCUUCGAAAUGUUACUGCCGAUUGAAAGCCAUGAUCAUGUGCAAGGGGUGUGGAGCCUUCUGCCACGAUGAUUGCAUUGGCCCCUCCAAACUGUGUGUCUCCUGCCUUGUCGUUCGGUAAUGAGACUAGAAGGAGAACACACUGUAAAGGAGGCAGGAAGGGGGAAGGGUUGACAGAUGUGGUUUUUGACUUCUUUUGGAAUCACAGAAAUAAACUAGGUGUCAGUUGUCUUAAGAGACAAGUGUUACUUAAUCAGGAAUACAGAGUACAGAUCUUACAUUUUAGAGGAAAAGCACCUUGUAUAGUAAGUCCAAGUCAAGCAAGACUUUGUGAAUUUGUGACAAGUUUGCACUUACAAAAUCAUGUAAAUAUGUCACAUCUUGUUUUAACAUUUUUCCAGGUGUUGAGGUAAUAUAUUACUUUGACUUCAGAUUGAUGUUCCAUUUCAUGUGACUUUGAAAAGUUUAAUGCCAUGCAUGGUGAAAGGAAGCGAUUUCCCUUCUGCCCUUUAAGAGGCUAGGAAAAGAAAGGAGUGAGGGAAUGGUCUGAAGAAAUGACCAUUCAUGUUGAUUAUGUCUGACUGUCUGACUGCAGGCUUUACAUAGGUUAUUCAGCCUUCGCAGGAGUGGAUUCAGGGUUUACACCGUCCCUUUACCUUAGAUGGAACCUUCUCAAGUUCAAAUUUUUGGUGAUAAGGUAUUAAUUUCACAGGCAGUACUUCAGACUCUGAAAAUUCUGACUUGGUUCUUGGCUUCCAUAAACCAGUACUAUUGCCAGGCACUCUGCUUGCAGUUUGUGGAUCCCUGCUUUUCCCUAAUCCCACCCCCUUGCCCUGAAGCAGCGAGCGUGGUCCAUGAAAAGUUUGCCUCGCUGGGCCCCUUGGGUUACCAUCACCUGUGCAGGGCAGUAAUUCCAGCAGUAAUCUCCGAGGAUUUAGUCAUUCGUGGGAGCUUACAAACAAGUUUGAAAUACUAGCAUAAAAUUAACAGAAAAGUGUUAGUGAUAGGGCGAUUUGAACUAUGUGUUUUGUUGGGUAAGCAGAGUAAAGGUGCAGAAACUGUUGAACUGACCAUAAAGAACUUUGGAAAACAAUUUUAACACUAGAAACAAAGUAGCCCCUCUCAUCCUCUUCUCUCCCAACCUGUUACCUAAUGUUCUACAGUCAGCUGUUGCUACAGGUAGAAAAACUCAUUAAUACCACAUUUGCCCAUUCUGUUAAACCUGUUUUGACCUCCCGGGCAUCUGAGGAAUAUGGGAGUAAUCUUAUAUAUUACUCUGAACAUACACGUGUGCGUGCACACACACACAGUAAAAGUCAGACACUUUUCCUGUUUUAGAAAACAUGUCCCCUUUCUUGGACUACUGAUCUCUACGCACUAGAAAAUUCUAAUGUAAAGGGGCUUUAGUGAAUGACUUAGGGAACAUCUAGAAAGGAAAAGAAAUCAGCUGCAAAUUUUCAUUGUUUGUUCUUUUUUGUUUCCUUUUUGUUGAAUCCUGUCUCUAGUGACUAAAGAAUU